UGCAAGUCCAAGCAUCCAUGGGGGGUCAGGUUGUAAACCAAUCAUCAUCUCUAAACACUCAUCUAUAGGUCAUGGACAUAGCUAUGGAAGCGCUCAUGGUGGUUACAGUUAUGAAAGUGGCUAUGGGGGCAGCAGUGGUCACAAAAUGGAUAGCCUGCUUAGUGUCAAUGGGAAAGAAACCAUGCAGCUUCUGAAUGACCGACUCGCAUCUUAUAUGGAUAAAGUGCACUCACUGGAGCAGGAGAAUGCUCAUUUGGAGAAGAAGAUAUGUGAAUGGUAUGAAAAAAAUGCCCAUGCAGCGCUGCCUGACUUCCAACCCUUUUACAAGGUUAUUGAAGAUCUACAGGGUAAGAUAUUUGAAGAUAGUAUAGAAAAUGCCAGAAUCGUGCUCCAAAUUGAUAAUGCCCGACUGGCAGCCGAUGAUUUCAAGAACAAGUAUGAGAUGGAAUUCAGGCUGAGGAACAAUGUUGAGGCUGAUUUGAAUGGUCUACGGAAAGUGUUAGAUGGACUGAAUAUGGAGGCAAGAGAUCUGGAUAUUCAGCUACAGAACUUGCAGGAUGAGUUGCUACAAAUGAAGAAGAACCAUGAAGAGGAGGUGAAUUGUCUUCGUACUCAGUUGGGUGCUAGAAUUAACGUUCAAGUUAAUGCUGCUCCCUCAGUUGACCUGAACCAGGUCUUGUCAGAGAUCCGAGAACAAUAUGAAAACAUGAUGGAGAGGAACUUAAGAGAAGUUGAGAACAUAUUUUUGCAAAGGAGUGAGGAAUUGAAUCAGCAGGUAGUAUCUGGAUCUGAACAGCUGCAGUCUGGACAAACAGAGAUAAUUGACUUAAAGAGAUGUGUGCAGACGUUAGAGAUUGAGUUGCAGAGUCAGCUAAGCAUGAAAGCAGCUUUGGAGUGCAGCUUAGCAGAGACAGAGGCCUCUUACAGUUCCCAGCUUGCCCAGUUACAGUGUAUGAUUGACAAUGUGGAAGAACAGUUAUCACAAAUCAGAAUGGACCUGGAACGUCAGAUACAUGAAUACAAGAUUCUCAUGGACCAAAAGACACACCUGGAAUUGGAAAUUGCUACUUAUAAACGCUUGCUAGAAGGACAGGAGGCCCAGUAA